AGCGGCGCCACAUCCAAGCUGCUCUGUUCACGGUUUUGCACGGUGUGAGACAGGAUGGACAGGAGCUGUUCCCUGAGCCUGGUGACUGUGCAAAGCCCGCUGGGCCCCAUCCGGUUGUCUGGCUGCGUGCUUGGCCUGCAUGAGAUAAAGCUGCCGGGCAAGAAACCCCCAGAAAGUGGCCCCAUGAUACCUGCAGGGCCACUCCCAGCAGACACACCAGAGUCCCUAGCACAGUGCGUGGCCUGGCUGCAGACCUACUUCCAUGAGCCCCAGACUGUGAACUCACUGCCCUGGCCCGCUCUCCACCACCCCGUCUUCCAGCAAGACUCCUUCACCAGGCAGGUACUGCAGAGGCUGCAGGCAGCUGUGGGACCAGGAGAAUUGAUCUCAUACCAGAAGCUGGCGGCCCUGGCAGGCAAUCCCCAGGCAGCUCGGGCCGUGGGAAGGGCCAUGAGAUACAACCCGGUCCCGAUCCUCAUUCCCUGCCACCGUGUGAUCCAUAGCAACGGCAAUGUUGGUCCCUACUCGGGUGGCCCUGGCGUCAAGGAGUGGCUGCUUGACCACGAAGGUGUCCUGGCCCUCCCUGUUCCAGGGAACACUGGCCUGUCCCAGCCCGGUGGCAGAUGUGCUUCGGAGCAGAAGGAGUAAAUGUCAGUGCCAAAUUGCUGACUCCUGUGGGGUGAAUGUGUGGGCACUGCUGUAUUAAAGGGCCCCGUGUGUCCCAGGGA